ACUGCAGAAACUUUGUUUUAUGCGCGUCUGAGUCAAAAGUUUUUAAAACCUGACUUCAGCGCUUUCGUUUUCAUUGGCUGCUUUUGUUUUCCUUUUUCAAGAACAAAGAGUUCUUUAAAUCACGCAUACAGAAUUUCUGGGAUUGGUUUUCAGUCCUAAUUUAUCCACACUUGCGGUAAUAUUUAUAUUGUUGUGUGUGUAAGGCAAAUAUAAAGGGAUAAGUAGUAGUUUCAAGUUUACUCACUCGCAACAGGAUGCUGAACUUGAACAGCCCCGACAGUAAUUCUCUCCAGGACCCUGUGUCCCUCAACGUGGGUGGAGAGGUAUACACCACUACUUUGGACACAUUGACGCGCUGCAGGGACUCCAUGCUUGGUGCCAUGUUUACCGGGCAGAUCCCCCUGCUGCGGGACAAGCGGGGCAACUUCUUCAUAGACCGCGACGGCAAAGUCUUCCGUUACAUCCUCAACUACCUCCGCUCCAACAGCCUCGACCUGCCCGAUGACUUCAAGGAGAUGGCUCUGCUGAAGCGCGAAGCGGACUUCUUUCAAAUCCGACCCCUGCUGGACGAGAUCCGGCGCUACGAGUCGGGCCCGCACGGGGCGAGCUGGCGCAGCGCCGUGCUCAGCGCAGACGUGGACUGCCAGGUGCGGAUGCUGCACUUCAACCUGAAACGUGGCCCCGAGAAUUACGAGUUGCGUUCGUGUGCGGUGCGUGUAUACACCGCCAACGUCUUCUGUACCUCCUGUGCCUUCAUUGAGCUGCUUUGUUCCCGCUUCUCUUAUCGGACGCGGGACUGCACCGUGGCCCCGCAGCCCGGCGAAGGAAGGCCAAACUAUCUGCGGUUGGAAUGGGUGCCACGGCCAGAGGAUCUUCCCCUGGACCAGUACGAGAAGCAUCGCUACCAAGAGCUAACGGCCACCACCUCGGUGGCAUUCCCCGCUACCUCGCUCACCUCAGUAAUUCCAGACACUUGCGCCUUCAUGGAGGAAAUGCUGAAGAUCUCCCUGGCAGAGGGGUUUCGCAUGGAUUCCGUCUUCCCCGACCCUUCCGACAUUCUUAACUGCCGCUCGCUACGAUUCGUUAGGUACUAGUAACUGCUAAGAGUGACCGCAGGAGGGCUGAUAAUGACAAUGUUUACGUCUUGACUACCAUUGCAUUUUUUUUACGUAGAUAGGAC